UCCACUCCCGCAGCAGCCUACACCGGUUCUUCUUCUCCUUCCUUCCGUUCCUCGUCCCCAUUAGCCCACCCUCCCAGCUCCUAAAUAAUUUUGUUAACCUUAGCCACCAAACCCAUUUCAUUUCACAGCCUCUCCCACGCACUCGACUCACCUUCCUCUUCCAUGUCUCCCGCCGCCGUCAUCUUCUUCCUCACAUUCGUUCUCCUUUUUUGCUGCUUUUUCGUCUGAGAUUUGUAUUAAUGCUAUGUUGUUUUAGAAGGUGGGGCUGGUUUGGAAUAGGUGGGAGUAUGAUUACUUGUGGACCAAUAGAGAUUUUUUGGUUAUUCUUUCUUCGUUUGAGGAUAUCAAUGCUGUUUUGGAUUUCCUGCAGACCAGUGAUAUAAAAUGUGAAGAAGCUAUGUUUAUUGGAUUGAUUCGGCAUUAUGGGAAGGCAGUUGAUGGUGGUUGGAUUCCCAAAGCCGUAGAGCUUUAUGAGAAUGGUCGGACAAUGGGAUUUAGGUUGAAUUCAGUUACAUAUAAUAUUGUGAUGAAAAUGUGGUUGGGAAAUGAUGAAACCGAUGAGGUUGAAGCAGUUAUAACAACUCUCCCGAUUUUGCAGGUGUCCCCGCAAGCGACAGGGGCAACGGUGGGGGCGACCGAAGACAAAUCCAUGCCUUAUAGCCCUCAGACACCAACAUAAACAAUGACACCUGCAGAAGUUCAGACUCCUGCCUCAGCAAAAUCAUAUGAAACAUUAAUCGACGAGGAGGAGGAUAAAGAAGAGAAGAAAUUUAUAGAGAAAAAAGCUCAGUUGCUUGCGGAAAUACAAAAGCUCCAACAAAAGCAACAGCUUGAGCGAGAGAAGAAGAGGAAAAUAAAGGUGCUGGCCAAACUACUGAAAUACUGGAAGCCGCUGACCCAACUCCAGUUGCGCUUCAAAAGAUACUUGGAGAGGAAGAAAGCCGAACAGCUGGAGUACGAGGCAGCUUGGCAGCUUGUCUUCUUGAGGGAUGUCACUCCCAAACCAGCACCCGAUUCCGAGGAUGAACCAGAGCCAGUAGAUGUCAGCUCAUCUGAGUCCGAGCGACAAUCACCAGCACCCGCGGAGGCAACCACUUCAGCCUCCCGCGCGACAGUCGAAACUAUUAGGAAACGACUGGAUAAACUCGAUGAAGCGAUGCUCAGCCAAUACCUUAUGCUGCAAUCACUAAUUGACUCACACUUGGGGAACUUGGCUGAGAUACUGACUGCUGAAAGAAAGACGAACGCCGCACUAGAAUCGUGCGUUAGCGCGCUGGACACUCAAGUUGCAAGUCUGGGUGUGAGCCAAACUGAACUUCUUAAGGCCAUCGCAGCCAUCACCCAGCAGAAUGUGAUAAUCAUGGAACAACAGUUUGAUAUAACGAAAAGAGUGCAGCGAAUUGAGGAGUUAAUUGAGGAGUUAGUGCGGCAGCAAAGCAAGAAAUCUCCUUCGGCAGGAUGUGGAUCCACGGGCCCCAAGGACAAAUGAAUUCGGACCAUUCCCCUGUCAUGUACAUAUUUUUGGAAAAUAGCAAGGCUUGUACAUAAUUUUUGAUCAAUGAAACUGACAGGUUUUUGGUAACAAAGUUGAAUUUUUCAGUACUGUAUGCCUAUCAUAAUUCCAAACAUGUGAUAUUACUUGAAAUCCUUUUAAUACAUCGUUA